AUGAAGGAAGAAUCGAUCCCCCCCGCCGACCCGGUGCCCCCAGAGGAGAUGGAGAUGGACUGUGAUCCGGCGUUGUGGCCUGAGCCACCGGAGCUGACCAUCAUCCAUUCCCUCAAUGAGGCCGGGGUGGCCUGUGUGCUUCUUGGAGACCUGGCGCUUCGAGCCUACGGCCUGAGCAUUUAUCCAAGGGGCAUCGAUCUGGCCGUCGCGGACGAGGACAUCCGGCGUGUCGAGGAGGUCCUUGAGGGCCGGGGGCUGGCAUUUUGUUUCGACCGCAGGUGCGCCCUCUGGGACGAGGCCGACCAGUACUUCCUCUCGGCGAUCCACUGCCACCUCACCGCUCCCGGCAACGUCAAUGAGAGCACUAGGGGGUGGAACAAAAGCGUCCUACACAUCUGGGCGCGAUCUGUGCUCCUGGAGAAGUUGCCGAAUGGUAUCCUCGUCCCGAGCAACAUCACCGCCCACGACGAGGACUUCAUGCUGACCUCCGAUCCCCGCCUCCCCGAGCCUACCCCCGACCUGCUGGGCAUCCAGCCCACUCGGUGGGUCGGCCGCUGGGGGGCGGGAGUCGUGAUCCUGACGCCCAAGAGCUUCCUGGAGCAGAUGUUCUGGCACGUGCUCCGGGACUUCCGUCCAUACGACGCCAAGUUUAAAAGUCCCUGGGAACUGCACAUGUGCAGGCUCGCCCUCUGGAUUUCGAACCAGGCCCCCGGUGCCUACGUGCUCUGUCCGAGCCUCGCAGACCUCAGCUGGUCAGCCGCGCGGCAGUUUCUUGAACUGCUGACCAACCCUUUCAUCGGCCACCAAGACGCAUGGAACUUCUUCUUCUUCCUGCAGAGCGUGUGGCACAAGAGCGGGUUACUGACGACAAGCCCGCGGCAAGGCAGACCCAUAUUCCAGGCUGUGGAGGGCGGCUAUUCCCUGGAUUGA